AUGGGUUAUCUAUCUAUCUAUCUAUCUAUCUAUCUAUCUCAUGUUCCCAGGCCGCAUCCCAGACCUGACGAGGAGAUUUUGCGGGAAAAACAGCAGGGCUUCCUCCCAAUCCAUUUCAAAGGUAAUGCCGGCAAACGUUUUCCCCUCCACGAACGCUUCCCAGCAAUCGUCCAGCUUGCUGUGCACCUAGAAAACAACGAAGUUAGUUAUUUUUCUGCGGAUACAGCAAUGGAUGUGACUGCGCGUACCAAAGACACAACGCUUUCAACGUUCUUCAAAAUUUGUCGAUGGGACGAGUUUUCUCGGACUCUAAUGUACCCAGACGUGUCUUCAUACUACGUGUGGACAAAAAAGGACACCUGGGCUCGGAGGAAGUGCGGGGUCAACGUCGAGGGCAAUCUAGGCGUCAAAAAAGACGUCACACUUGGAAGGGUAUUCACGGUUCCCCCAUCGCGACAGGAAUAUUUUUACUUGCGAUUCCUUUUGCACGAAGUUAGUGGUCCAACGAGCUACAAGAACUUACGGACGGUUAAUGGAGUUUUAUAUGACACUUUUCGUGAGGCCUGCCUCAGUCGCGGCCUUUUGGAAGACAACAGCCAUUGGGAUGCCAUAAUGGCUGAGGGAGCUCUUUCAAAAUGCCCUCUGUUUGCGCCACUUCUUCACCACAAUCUUACAAAUGUGCGAACCCAAACCUGUCUGUUGAAAGACGGGGAAUCUCUCGCCGCUAUUGUGCUUUCAACGCCAGAUCGUGUGGCUUCCUCCAGUCCCUCAUCUGAGAUUGUGCCGGAGACAUCCUACUCGGUUGAGGAUCUCAACGCCUAUGUCACAACAAAUGUGCCAAAACUUCUCAUAGACAAAAAGGUCCGCUUACGAUGCGGUUCUUGCAUCCACCAGGCAGGAUACAGGAUCAAUUUUCUUUCAGGACGCGCCUGGGUGAACGGGGAAAACGUUCGUAACAAAUGGCGAAGUGGCGCUAGAAGUAAUGUCUUCAGGCAUUGA